AUGGCCCUCGAGCGAAUUGGCUCCAUCGUGAAGCACCUGGCUCCAGGUAGCGCCAUCAACCAGAUCCAGUCCAAGAACCCCGAUGAUAUCGUCAUUACGUUAGCUAUCCGUACCCCGUUGGCCAAGGCCAAGAAGGGUGGCUUCAAGGACACGAGCCUCGAGUACAUGGUCUACGCCCUCCUGAAGGAGGUUCGCGAGCGAUCCAAGAUUGAGCCUGCUGCGGUGGAGGACAUUCGCAUGGGAAAUGUCUCCGAUGGCAAGGCCGCCUACAAGCUCCGCGCCGCCGCCCUCGCGGCUGGCUUCCCCAACACCGCCGGUGCUUCCUCCAUAAACCGAUUCUGCUCUUCCGGCCUCCAGGCCACCGCCGAUAUCGCCAACGCCAUCACCACGGGCUCUAUUGAGGUCGGCAUCGCGCUCGGCGCCGAGAGCAUGAGCAUUGGCGGCGACGCCCUCGAGAAGCCCUUCGAUGACGCCGUCGUCAGCCAGUCCCAGGAGGCGGCCGACUGCAUGCAACCCAUGGGCUGGACCUCGGAAAAUGUUUCGCACGACUUCAACAUCACCCGCGAGGAGAUGGACAAGUACGCCGCUGAGAGUUUCCAGAGAGCCGAGAAGGCCCAGCAGGCUGGCCUGUUUGACGACGAGAUUGUGCCUAUCAAGACCAAGGUCGUUGGACCUGACGGAGAGACAAAGGAGGUUAUUCUUACCAGGGACGAGGGCAUCCGUCCGGGUACCACCGCCGAGAGCUUGGGUAAGAUUCGGGCGGCUUUCCCGCAGUGGGGUCCCACGAGCACGGGAGGCAACUCUAGCCAGGUUACUGACGGAGCUGCCGCUGUGCUUCUGAUGAAGCGUUCCACCGCCGUCAAGCUCGGUCAGCCCAUCCUGGCCAAGUACGUUGGCUCCACCGUUGCCGGCCUGGCUCCCCGCAUCAUGGGUAUCGGCCCGUCUGUUGCCAUUCCCAAGCUGUUGGCUCAGCACAACCUGUCGCUCGCCGACAUUGACGUCGUCGAGAUCAACGAGGCCUUCUCCAGCAUGGCCGUCUACUGCCGUGAUAAGCUCGGUCUUGACUGGGCCAAGAUGAACCCCCGUGGCGGUGCCGUCGCCCUGGGCCACCCUCUCGGCGCCACUGGUGCGAGACAAAUUGUUACUGGUUUGAGCGAGCUCCGCAGGACAAAGAAGAAGGUCCUUCUGACUAGCAUGUGCAUCGGCACUGGCCAGGGUAUGGCUGGCCUGUUUGUCAAUGAGGUUGUGUAA